GACCGAAAAUAUAUUUUAUAUUGAACAGAUUCUUGAAAAAUUUACAAUAGUGAUUGCAGUCGAAGAAAUAGUCACUGCACCUCAUAGUAUGAGUCUGGUUUCUCCACGGCUACUGCCUCCAAUGUUCACCUCAUUUCACAAUUUACCUAUCACUCCAUUCAUCUCAAUUCACCAAAAUUCAACUCCCACCAUCAUAAAUUUACUGUCCCAUUGUCAAAACAUUACAAAUUUCAAAUCUUUCACUUGUCAACUCAUAAUCACUGGCUUAUUCCCACCCCAAAAAACACUACUUGAAGCCUUUUUUAGACACUGCUUCCACUUGGGUGCUCCUCAAUUAGCUCUUUCCACAUUUGAUUUAGUUGAAAAACCCAAUUGUUACUUGCAAAAUCUACUCGUUAGGUCACUUUGUGAUCAUGGGUUAUAUGAAGAUGUAUUGUAUGUGUACAAAAGGUGUCAACUUUAUGGGUGCCCAUCUGAUAACUAUACGUUUCCUUUUGUUAUUAAGGCUUGUUCGUGUUUGGGUAGUGUUAGAAUUGGGGAAGGAGUGCAUUGUAAAGUUUGGAGAAGUGGGUUUGGUGGGAAUGUGUUUGUGCAGACUGGUUUGGUUGAUUUUUAUGCAAAGAUUGGUGAAAUGGGGAAGGCACGUUUGCUGUUUGAUGAUAUGUCUGAACGGGAUUUGGUUUCUUGGAAUGCUUUGAUUUCAGGGUAUUCUUUGCAUGGAUUUUGUGACGAGGCUUUUGAGGUUUUUAAAAAGAUUGGAUUGAUGGGUUUGAAGCCUAAUGUCAGUACUUUAGCUAGUGUGCUUCCUGUAUGCUCGCGGUUGGGUAAUUUUUUUGUUGGUAAAACGAUUCACGGGUUGGCAUUAAAAUGUGGUUAUCUUAUGGAUGAAAAUUUGGUUCCGGCUUUGAUAUCUGUUUAUGGUGAUGGAGGGAAUGUGACUAUUGCCAGAGAUAUCUUUGAUUGUUUAUCACAGAAAAAUGUUACGAUUUGGAAUUCUAUGAUCUCUGCAUAUACAAAGAACCAGAAAUCUGAGGAUGCCUUUGUGCUGUUUCGCAAAAUGCUCCAAGAUGAUGUGCAGCCUAAUGUGGUAACAUUUGUCUCUAUUGUUCCUGCUUGCAAGAGCUUUGGUAGCAUUUGUGGCGAGGCCCUUCAUGCUUGUGUAUUAGUACGGGGAUAUGAGAAUGAAAUCUCUGUUGCUACUGUGCUUAUAUCAAUGUGUGCAAAGCUUGGAAAUGUGGAUUCAGCUGAGUUUCUUUCUAAUCAAAUUCCUCAGAGAAGUGUUAUUACAUGGAAUUCAAUAAUAUCUGGGUAUACACAUAAUGGGUACUGGAGAGAGGGUUUGGCUACAUUUAAUGAAAUGCUAUUGGAAGGAUCUGAUCCAGAUGCAGUUUCCAUUGUUACUGUUCUUUCUUCCUGCUCUAAGCUCGGUGCAAUUCUACUAGGUAAAUCUGCUCAUGCUUUUGGUUUGAAAAGAUGGGUGAAUCUGGAUCUUAAUGUUUCCAAUGCAUUGCUAGCAUUUUACUCUGAAUGUCAUGACAUGAUCAGUGCGGUUAAAUUAUUUCAUAAGAUGCCCAUAACAAAUGCUAUUUCAUGGAAUACAUUGAUAUCUGGAUUUGUACAUCAUGGAGAGUACCAAAGUGCGAUUUCGCUUCACCACCAAAUGCAUCAAAAAGACAUGGACAUGGAUCUGGUUACACUAAUCAGUAUCCUCCCUUGCUUCCAUGAAGUCAGGGAUUUGGUGCAGGGACAGGCAAUUCAUGGCUGUGCCAUCAAAAGGGGAUUCACCUCGGAUGUCACUUUAGCCAAUGCACUUAUUAGUAUGUAUGUCAACUGCAAAGAACUCGUUGCUGGAAAAUUAGUAUUUGAAAACCUUGAUAUUAGGAAUGUGAUUUCCUGGAAUGCAUUGAUAACUGGUUAUAGGCACCAUAAUAUGCAGAAUGAGGUCAUGCACUUGUUCGAUCAAAUGAUCAGUGAGGAUCAAAGACCAAAUCAUGUUACGUUGCUAACAGUUUUGCCAGUAUGCUACACACAAAUGCAAGGUAAACUUUUGCAUGCAUAUGCUGUUAGAGCAGGGUUCCUUUCAGAGACACCGUUCCUUACAGCUCUAAUGCUCAUGUACACCAGAUUUGGUGACAUAAAAUCAUGUUGUUUACUGUUUCAAAUGGGUGAGAAAAGCAAUAUUUCGCUUUGGAAUACUCUCAUAUCCGCACAUUUAGAGUCCAAUAAUGCUGAUGUAGCAGUUUCUAUUUUCUCUGAAUUAUGUAAAACAGAUAUCGAACCUGAUUAUGUAACAAUUUUGAGCUUAAUUUCAGCCUGUAUUCAGUUGAACGAUUCUCAUCUGACAAAUAAUACAAUGGCUUACGUCAUACAAAAGGGUUUUGACAAAGAUGUAGCAGUUGGGAAUGCCUUGAUUGAUGUGCACGCAAAAUCUGGACAAAUUACAUUAGCAAGAAUGAUCUUCGACAAUAUGUAUCAAAAGGAUGCAAUAUCUUGGAGUGUGAUGAUAAAUGGGUACUCAUUGCAUGGUGACAGUGAAACUGCCCUUGCUCUUCUGUCACAAAUGAGAUGUGAGGGCUUUAUACCUGAUGAUAUCACCUACGUGAGUAUAUUAUCAGCAUGUAGCCACACUGGUUCGGUAAAGCAAGGUCAAAUAGCUUUCAAUUCUAUGGUAGAAGAUGGUAUAGUGCCACGAAUGGAACACUAUGCUUGCAUGAUGGACCUCCUUGGUAGAACUGGUAACUUAGACGAGGCUUUGAAAAUUUUAAAGAGCUACUCGUAUAGACCUUCAGCAAAUAUACUGGAGUCAUUGUUGGGUUCUUGUCUAGUUCAUGGCAAUGUUGAAGUUGGAGAAGAAAUUGGUGGGUUGAUCCUCGAAAUGAAGCCUGAAACUUCAGGACCAUACGUAGUCCUGUACAACUUAUAUGCAGCAGCAGGAAGGUGGACAGAUGCUAACAGAGUGAGAUCUAUUAUGGAAAGGAAGCAAGUACCAAAAGUACCUGGAGUUAGUCUCCUCGGGGAAAGUGGAGCAUCACUGCAAAAAAGUUUAGGUGAUAGUAAGAGAAGUAUGUUUAUGUAUCUUUCCUGAGAGCAAGAAAAGUCAAUUUAUCAUCUGAAGCAAGGAGAUACAAGAGAGGAGCAGGAAUUUGGAACAAGCUUUGGAGGGAAAAUGAAUAUAAGAUGUUCGAGGUUAUUGCAAGCAAGGUGGUCCAAGGAGGAGGAU